AUGGUCCGAUUCUCCCGAACUGGCUCUUUCAAUAAAUCUACUGGAAUUGGUAUCCUGUCUCGCUAUCGCUGUUCACUUCGACUUGGGUGCGAACGAAACCUCCGUCGCUCUGCUCUCGGCGCGGCGGCCGCUGAAUUGUCCGCCAUGGGUCUCCCACAUGUCCUCGCAGCCAUCGUUGGCGUUGCGUCUCAUUUAGGUUAUUUCCGGCGAGGAGAGCAUCAUCUAUAUCCUCUGCGAUACGUGAAGUGGCAUAUAAUUUCGUCCGUGGUUAUCUUUGUGGUUGCAGGAGUUGCCAGUGUUCCUUUGUAUGACUCUGUGAAGACUGCAGGGAGUUUAUCUUUCGCCUAUAUCAUCGGUUUAUACACUUCUCUCGUCGUCUACCGCGCAUACUACCAUCCCCUCCGCAGCUUUCCAGGCCCGUACGGAGCUAGACUCUCUGGGCUAUGGUUCUCAGUAAGCCUCAGGGAUCGCCCGGCCUUUCAAAAGCUGUAUGAGCUGCACGAAGAAUAUGGCCCCGUGGUACGUGUUGGCCCGUCGGAGCUCUCGAUUGCCGAUCCAGUGGCAGUCGAUCGCAUUUACGGCUUCCGGUCACGUUGUUCCAAGAGCUCUUUCUAUGAUAACGGACACCCGAUGCUCUCGUUGCACUCGCAUCGAAACCGGGCGACCCAUGACCAACGUCGUCGCAUCUGGAGUACCGGGUUUGGCGAUCGAGCCCUAAGGGGCUAUGAGACUCGGAUCCGUGGGUAUCGCGAGAAACUUUUUCAUCGCCUGAAUUCCGCCGCCGGUCUGACAGUCAAUGUCAGCGACUGGUUCAAUUUCUACAGCUAUGAUGUAAUGGGUGACCUAGCUUUCGCCCGCAGCUUCGACAUGCUCGACACCAGCGGAAGCCAUUGGGCCAUCGAUGUUCUGCUUGCCGGCAUUACGCCUUACAAAUAUUGCGUUCCGUCGUGGGUAUUUCGAUUUUUGCUCACUAUGCCCUCACUCUCCAAGGACUGGCAUCGAUUCGUGGAGUUCGUCACGCAGCGCCUCGUACAUCGCAUGAAUGACAAGGUCGACAUUCCCGACAUUUGCGCCUCUUUCCUCGCUCCAUUGAAAGGUCGAACUCCCACGACCGACGAGUUCAACAUGUUGAUGGGCGAUGCUAUGCUCGUAGUGACGGCAGGAAGUGACACAACCGCGACAACUCUGACCAGCAUUGUUUAUGAGCUGGCCCAUCGCCCAGAAGAGGUGGAGCAGCUACGAGCAGAGCUGCUACCUAUUGAAACCGAUUCGGCAGGCGAGUUUCUUCACGACCGAAUCUCCCAGUUGCCCCGACUAAAUGGGUUCAUCAACGAGACGCUACGACUGCAUCCGCCAGUUCCCAGCAUCAUUCCGCGGAAGACACCCGCAGAAGGGAUACAAUUAGGGGACAUGCAUAUCCCCGGAGGCAUGACGGUCUUUUCCCCCCAGUGGGUCAUCGGGCGAUCGGAUUCAGCCUAUGCAAAACCACUUUCCUUCAUCCCUGAACGCUGGUACAAGUAUCCCGACCUGAUAAAGCACCGGUCAGCCCAUGCCCCAUUCAUGACAGGUCCUUACUCUUGCAUCGGCAAGCCGCUCGCCCUAAUGAACAUUCGCACAACAAUUGCCAGAUUAAUCAUAACCUUUGAUAUCCGAUUUCCCACCGGUGUAGAUGCAAAGCCCUUCAUGGAUCACGCGGAAGAUCAUUUCUCACUUGGUAUUGAACGAAUGCCAAUCGUGUUCACUAGGCGUCAGCUUUAG